AUGACAGAAACAUUUGAUCGGUUAACAGAAGCAAGUCUUGCACAAAAUAUGGAUAAUAUUUUAGAAAUUCUAUGCAAAAUUGGAAAAGGGUCAUAUGGAUGUGUAUAUAAAGCAAAACAUCGAGAGACUGGACAACUUUUAGCUAUAAAACAAAUACCAGUGGAAAGUGAUUUACAAGAGAUUGUUAAAGAAAUUUCAAUAAUGAAACAAUGUGAUUCACCUCAUAUAGUAAAAUAUUUUGGUAGUUAUUUUAAAGAUUCUGAUUUAUGGAUUGUUAUGGAAUAUUGUGGAGCUGGUUCCGUAUCAGAUAUAAUGAAACUUCGAGGAAAAAUAUUAAAUGAACAAGAAAUAGCUGUGAUAUUAAAAUAUACAUUAAAAGGAUUACAAUAUUUACAUCUAUGUAGUAAAAUUCAUCGAGAUAUUAAAGCGGGAAAUAUUCUUCUAACAAAUGAUGGUCAUGCUAAACUGGCUGAUUUUGGUGUUGCUGGACAAUUAACAGAUACAAUGGCAAAACGAAAUACAAUGAUUGGAACGCCAUUCUGGAUGGCACCGGAAGUAAUUCAAGAAAUUGGACAUGGUGUUUUAGCGGAUAUUUGGAGUCUAGGUAUUACAACUAUUGAAAUAGCUGAAGGUAAACCACCAUACAGUGAUAUUCAUCCAAUGCGUGCCAUUUUUAUGAUUCCAUCGCGCCCACCUCCAACAUUUAAAGAUAUGUCACGAUGGACACCCACUUUAAAUGAUUUUGUCUCAAAAUGUCUCGUUAAAAAUCCUGAUGCACGAUCAACAGCAACUGAAUUACUUAAUCAUGAAUUUAUUCGUAAUGCUAAAGAUAUUAGCGUAUUACGACAAAUGAUUGAUGAAGUUCGUGAAAUUCAAGAACGUCAAAAAACAACAUUACCAUCAAAUACAACAACAUUCCAUAAUGGUAUAUUAACUGAACGUCCAUUUGUUAAUGAUGGUACAUUAACUAAUAAGAAUCAAGAAGAAACAAUUGUUCCUAAACAUCAACAACAAACAUUUAUUAAUACAAAUACAAAUCGACAAGAUACAGAAACUGAUACAUUCCAAUCAAGUAGUUGUAAUACAAUGAUUGAACUAUCAUCCGAAUCUUCAGACACAAUGAUUAUUAAUGAAAAUGGAACUGAAACAGAAAAUGAUGCUGAUAGUCAACAAGAAACACUUAAGAUUACUAAUAAACAACAAGUAACUAAUAUAAAAAUUCCAUAUUCAAAUCAAUCAUCAAAACGACCAACAACUGAUAGAACUAAAGAAGAUUUUAUGAAAUUAAUCGCUCAAGAAGUACGAGCAUAUAAUAAAAAUGAAGAUGAUUUUCAACAUACGGUUGAACAAUUUUCUGUUGAACAAAUCGAACAACGUUUAGCAUUACUUGACGAAAUAAUGGAAAUUGAAUUAAAAGAAGUACAAAAUCGUUUUCAAUCAAAACGAAAGCCAAUUUUAGAUGCAAUUAAAUUAAAAAAACAAAAUCAAAAUCAUCAUUAA